UUAUCAUUACAUAUACGCAUUCACAUACGUAGAGAGAGGCAAUCAGGUUAAUAAACAUGGGAGGGUGUGCGUCCAAGCCUAAGGUUAAGGAGGGGGACGUCACAUCCAAACUUCUAGUGCCGGUGCCAGAGAAAAAAGCGGACUUUGCUGCCAAAAACACGGUGGUUGAAAAACACCUGGUGCCAGAGAAGAGAGAUCACUUUGCAGCCAAAAACAUAGUGGUCGAAAAGAACCUGGUGCUAGAGAAAAGAGAUGACUUUGCCGCCAAAAACACGGUGGUCGAAAAGAAGAUGCUUCCAGAGAAAAGAGAUGACUUUGCCGUCAAAAGCACAGAGGUCGAAAAGAAGCUGGUGGUGGAGGACGGCAAGGAUAAUCCUACCAAGUGUUGUUAUCCCAGCAAUAGUUUUACCCAGAUGUCAAUGAGGGAGGAAUUACGUGCACCGUCCAAAUGUGAGCCUCAGGAGCCAAAAUCUAGAGAAGAACACACACAACCUCUAGUGGAUUCAAUUGAUUCAUGUGGAAAAAUGGCACCAGAUUCAUCACCAAAAUCAAAAGAAAAACCAAUAGCACAAGAAAUCAAAACACUCAUACUCCAAACCACUCUGAAACUUGAAGAGAAUGUUGCAAAAGAGGCUCUUCUUGACCUCCCAAAAAUUGAAAAUUAUUCUUCGGAGAGUAAUAAUAAAACCGAGGAGAAGCAAGCGGAAAACACCUUGAAACCAGAGAUUCUUCAUGACAAGAGUAUUAAGCAAAAGGCCAUAGAGGAAAGCACCCCAAAAAUUGAGACAUCAAAUGAUGAACUAGAAGAGAAGCACAAUAAGAGUCUCAUGGAAAAUGUAAUUUUGGACAAAGAUGUAAAGAAUCCAUUAAAGCUUGAGGGGUUUCUAGAUGAGAAAACAGAACAUAUUUCUCAUGACGAAAACACCUUGAGACAAGAGAGUCUUAUAGAGAACACAACUAUGGAGAAACCUAUAGAAGAGGCCUCCAAACCUGAUAAGGAAAUAGAAGAGAAUCAUGCAGAAGAAGACACCGUGAAACCUGAGAAGAACAUUGAGGAAGAAUCUGUAAAGAAUACCCAUAAGUCUGACGGUUCUGAAGAAGAAAACAUUCUCGAGACAAAAAUGUCUCGUGAGGAAAAACCAAUCCAAAAUAAUAAUAAAAGUUCUGAUGUGAUUAAAAUGGAGGAGGAUCAUGAGGAAAAUUUCACAAAAUUGGAGACCCAACCAAGGAAGAGAGUAGAAGAAAACAUGAAACCCCAACAGCCCGAAAUACCUCGGGAGAAGGAAACAGAGACUAUGCUCUUGGACCGAAUUCUCAUGAAGGAAAUGGAAGAGAAGUGGCUAGGGAGAUGAGAAUUGUAUUGAGUUGCAUAAUAAAUUGAGAGCUCAACUGAUCAACCACGAAACAUUGUAUAUCGAGACACCUUAAUGCAUUCUUGUAAAACAAUGAUAAUUUUAGUUUCAAUUUAUUGUUCAAACAUACCAUAGAAAUACAUAUCAUGGCUUGAGAAAAGAAUAUAAUAUACAUGCAUUCAUUAUCUUAUAUAAAAAAGGGUGAUUGUUUUUUCCACCUUUUUUCACAUGGGGUACCCCAACUUUAGACGUUGUAACAAAAAGGUACAUCAUCU